AUGGCGGCUUCAUGGGUGCCAGAUGUUGACCCUUCUAGCGAUUUCUCGCUGGCCAACAUCCCCUUCGGCAUCAUUACUACGCAGGAUGACCCGGCACCGCACGCGGCCGUGGCCAUUGGUUCUCACGUGCUGGAUCUCAAGGUCCUGGCUGCAAAUUCAGACCUGACGAAGCUCUUCCCUGGGAUCGAUGGCCUCGCGGAGAUUUUCUCGCAGUCAUCGCUGAAUGCCUUUGCACAGCUCGGGCGAGCAGUCCAUCGUCAGGUGCGCGGUGCUAUCCAGGACCUACUCUCCACAGACACCCAGCAUCCCGAGGUUCUGCGAGACAACGCCGAGCUAAGAAAGAAGGCCCUGUUGCCCCAACGGGCCGUCAAGAUGCACCUACCCAUGGAAAUCGGCGAUUACACGGACUUCUACGCCGGGUUCCACCACGCCCGCAGAGUGGGCGGCAUGUUCCGCGGGAUGGACAACGCCCUGCAGCCCAACUACCUGCACCUGCCCGUCGGGUACCACGGGCGCGCCUCGAGUGUCGUCGUGUCGGGCACGCCCGUGCGGCGGCCCGUGGGGCAGAUCCUGCUGGACAAGGACCCGGUCCCGGUCACGGCGCCGUCGCGCAAGCUGGACUUUGAGCUCGAGCUGGGCUGCUUCAUUGCGCGGCCAAACGACAUGGGCAGCGCCAUCCCCGUCGACGAGGCCGACGAGGGACACAUCUUUGGCUACGUCCUGCUCAACGACUGGAGCGCGCGCGACGUGCAGGCCUGGGAGUACGUGCCCCUGGGCCCCUUCAACGGCAAGAACUUCGCCACCACCAUCAGCCCCUGGGUGGUGCUCGCCGACGCGCUAGAGCCGUUCAGAGCGAGGCCCCUCGAGAAUCAGACGCAGUUGCAGCAGUAUUUGGGGGAGAUUCAGCCGCCGUUGCAGCAGUACUUGAGGGAGAAGAGGCGAGAUGGCGUCUUCGACAUCCAGCUCGAGGUCGAGUUGACGACGGCGGAAGGCGAUACGACGACGAUUUCCCGCACCAGCUCCACGAACUUGAUCUGGUCCUUUCCUCAGAUGAUUGCGCACCACACCCUGGGCGGGUGCCCGUUGAGAACGGGCGAUCUGUUGGGUUCCGGAACUAUUAGCGGUCAGGGUAGACUGGAGAGUGGUAGCCUGCUGGAGAUGUCUGAAAAUGGCUGGCGUGUGGUUGAGCUGAAGGGGAUGGACGCCCGAACGUUCCUCAAAGACGGUGAUACAGUCACGCUGCGUGGGUUUUGUGGUGUGGAUGGGGGCAGGGUCGGAUUUGGUGCAUGCGAAGGGAGGGUUUAUGAAGCGUUGCAAAAGGUGACAGACUGACAGCAGUCAGCACUAGCGCUGGAUGUAAGGGUAAUUACAGCUGUCCCUGUAUAAUUCUUACAUCAUUAACAGUAAUUACCGUAAUUGCUUCAUUACGCGCCCAAAUCUGUAG